AUGUAUCUGUUUAUUUGCUUCUACCUCCUAAUGAGUUUUUUUGAAGAAGUUCAUGGCUUUUGUCCUUCACAAUGCACUUGCGUUUACCAUGGCAGAAGUGAUGGCACUGGAACAAGGUCUGUACUCUGUAAUGACCCUGACAUGUAUGAGAUCCCUGUGAAUGUUCCUGUGGAUACUGUAAAACUUCGUAUAGAGAAAACCGUCAUACGAAGGAUUCCGACUGAAGCCUUUUACUACCUGGUAGAUCUCAAAUACCUGUGGGUCACUUACAACUGUGUAGCCAACAUUGAUAUCAGCAGCUUCUAUAACUUGAAACAACUGCAUGAGCUGAGGCUGGAUGGUAAUCUGCUUUCAACUUUCCCUUGGGAAUCCCUGGCAGAGAUGCCAAACUUACGGACUCUUGAUCUUCACAACAACAAAGUGACCAGCAUUCCUGCUGAUGCUGGCCGCUACCUGAGAAACCUGACCUACCUGGACCUGUCCAGCAACAAGCUGACCACCUUGCCAUCAGAUCUCAUGGACAUUUGGCCUCCCUUCUCAGGAGCUAUCGUGUCCAAGAAUACAGACAUUCUGGUGACACAGAGAGUAAUCUUGGGUUUUCAGGACAACCCAUGGUUUUGUGACUGUCGCAUUUCAAAGCUAAUUGAAUUUUCCAAAAUUGUGGACACCUCCGUUGUACUUCUUGAUCCAUUGAUUUCAUGCAGUGGACCUGAGAGCCUGGCAGGAAUCUUGUUCCAGAGAGCUGAGUUAGAGCAGUGUCUUAAACCAUCUGUGAUGACCUCGGCAACGAAGAUCACCUCCCCACUGGGCAGCAAUGUCCUGCUACGCUGUGACGCCACGGGGUACCCAACACCACAGCUCACUUGGAAUAGGUCAGACAAUAUUCCAGUGAACUAUACAGUAAUUCAAGAAAGUCCUGGAGAGGGUGUCAGAUGGUCCAUAAUGAGCUUGACAGGAAUUUCGUACAAGGAUGCAGGAGAAUACAGAUGUAAAGCCAAGAACUUGGCAGGAAUGUCAGAAGCUGCUGUGACUGUCACAGUGGUUGGUGUAGUUACUACAACUGUGUCACCACAGAAAUAUGGGAGGAAGCCAGAGGCUGAGAGGCAGAAUACAACUCAGGAGGAAUCCAAGCAGGAACCUGAGAGGACAACCACACCUCUUCCCGCCACACCGACCACUACAGCUCUGGUUAGCACUGAAAGAUCAACCAGCAUGGCAUUGACUGACAAAAAGCAAUCCAGGCUCAUGUUAGAUGGAAAGAAAGUUUCAAAGGCAGCGACAAAUGGAAACAAAAAGCAGAUUGGAGAUUCAAGCAAGAAGGGUGAGGAUACUUCAUUAAAUACAGCUGGUACUGGUGAGCAAAAUGUUACUGUGAAGAACCUAAGAGUGAUCAGCGAAACUGAUGAAAGAGUGACCUUAACUUGGAAAACUGUCAAUGCCACCGGCAAUUCCGCCGUGACUGUGUUAUACUCCAAGUAUGGUGAGAAAGAUAUGUUGCCUCUCAGCACUGAUUCUAACAAAAACAAAGUCACAAUCGAUGGUUUGGAGCCUAGUACUCAAUAUAUGGCCUGCGUCUCACCCAAAGGUGUGCCACCUACAAAAGAGCAGUGUGUUGUUUUCUCCACUGAUGGGUUAAAUGAUGAAAGCAACUCUGAGUUCUCUAUUCUGAUAGUGGCCAGCAGUGCAGGCUGUGUGGUUGUUUUACCUUUGAUAUUUUUCUUACUCUACAAAGUUUUAAAACUUCAUUUGAAACCAAAAUCUGCAAAGGAAGCUGAACUUGCAAAAGAGACUUAUGUACAAUUUGAAACACUGUCGCUGAAACCUCGAACACUGGGUGCAGGAGACCAGCUCUGGGCACGAAGGUACACAGAUGAGUCAGAAAGACUUCUCCUUUGCUCCAGGUCAAGCAUGGAUUCUCAAAUGACCUUCAAAAGUGAGGGCUCCAGGUCUGAGUAUCUGUGCUGAACAUGGGUGAGGGUGGAGAUGCAAUAAAUAAUAGGUAAAAUUAAUUUAAAAUGGUGAUCUGGA